GAAAAAAAAGACUGGUGGUUUCCUGUUGGCUUCGGAUGCUACAGCUAGCUCGUCGGACACAGAUUACACUUCACUAUGUUUUCUACAAACAUGUCUAAAGUCCACCAGCUGAGGGACAUGCUGAAGCAACAGCUAACAGCUGCUGACAAACAAAUAUUUGAACUGUUUGAAGGAAUCAUCGCAGAUUAUGAAGGGAUGAUUGCCGACUACAAAGGGAUGAUUGCAGAUUAUGAAAAAGAAAUUUGUCAUUUAAAAGAAGAAGAGAAAGGAGGACAAGUGCUGGAGGCUGUUUUUAGUUCUCAAGUUCACUUAAACAGAGCAGACAUGCAGCAGCAGUUCGUGGGUAAAGAAGAUGUUCUCCCUGUGCAGCAGAAAGAGACUUUGUAUCUGGCCCAAAAGGACUCGGAACCUCCAAACAUUAAAGAGGAACGAGAGGAACUCUGGAGUGAAGAUGAAGAAAAACUACAGUCGUCAGAGCUACAUCAAAGCCAAAGAGAUGAAAGCACAGAAGAUGUGUUUCUUUCCAGAAACUCAACUGAACUCAGAACACUGCAAAUAGGAACUAAUGAAGAGGACUGUGGAGGAUCACAACCAGCCAGAGACUCAGAUUUACUACCAGAUACUGAUAAACAGCAGUUUAAAGAAGAAAUUCUCCAUGAGCAACAUGAAUGGAAUCUGAUGAGUGACCAAAAGGACAUAAAUGAGGAUCAAGAGAAACUCUGGGUAAGUCAGCAGAGAGAGCAGCUUCACCAGCAGGAGGAGGCUGAUGUCACCAAAUUCCUUUUUGCUGCUGUCCCUCUGAAGACUGAAAAUGAUGAAAAACCCCAGUCAUCACAUGUUCAUCAAAUCCGAAGUGAUGAGCACAGAGAGGCUGAGCCUGUACACAGCAGCUCAACUUUACACAGGACACUGAUGGCACAAGCUGAUGAAGAGGACAGUGGAAGACCAGCAAGCAACUCAGGUCCCUGUAGUUUUGUACAACCAGAUACCAAUAGGAGGAGUUCAGACAGUUCUGUAGCUGCCAUCGAUAACAUGUGUGAGUGGAAACAGAGCAGAAAACAUCAUUCAAGUUUUAACAGUCAGACAAAUAGCAAUGACUCACAACAACAGAAAGGAAUGCAAGCAAGUGAAAAACCAUUUAGCUGUCCUGAGUGUGGUGCAAAAUUUGGAUGGAAGAGCAAUCUUAUUACACAUAUGAGAAUUCAUACAGGAGAGAAACCAUUCCACUGUUCUGAGUGUGGUGCAAGAUUUGUCCAAAAGAGCAGUCUGAUCACACACAUGAGAAUUCAUUCGGGAGAGAAAUCAUUUCACUGUUCUGAAUGUGGUACACGAUUUGCCCAUAAGAGCAGCCUGAUCACACAUGUGAGAAUUCAUACCGGAGAGAAACCAUUCGACUGUUCUAAAUGUGGUACCAGGUUUGGCCAAAAGAGCAGUCUGAUCACACACAUGAGAAUUCAUACGGGGGAGAAACCAUUUAGCUGUUGUGAGUGUGAUAAAAGAUUUGUGCGGAAGAGCCAUCUUAUUUUCCACAUGAAAAUUCAUACAGGAGAGAAACCAUAUGGCUGUACUGAGUGUGGAAAAACUUUUCGACAAAAGAGCAAACUUAUUUCACACUUGAGGAUGCACACAGGAGAGAAAAUAUUUGACUGUUCUGUCUGUGAUAAAAGAUUUCCACACAAGUGUGAUUUGGUCAGACACUUGAGAAUUCAUACAAGAACAAAACAAUAGGAUUCCUUAUUGCCCAUGUGUCCAUGAGGUGCAGUUAUCGGCAGUUGAAGGAAAAGGUCACCAUUUGGAAGAGACAUCUCUGACAUAAUGGCAGCAACUGCAGACCUCAAGUCUGGGGCCAGUUGCACUCUGUUAAAAGUAAACCCCAAGAAAAUGGAAUGAAAGAGUAAAAUCAUGUGGCUCUUAAACCCUACAUCUGUAACUCCACCACACACAUAGCACUGUACAAUGUUUCCUUGUGUACAUGUUGUUUUCCCAUGUUGAUAAUUCAUACAAAAGAGAAACUAUUUGUUCGGUAUUUAAUAAAAGUUUCAGACCAACUAUGAAUCUGGGUUU